UAUUUUUAUUAUCAAGUGUUCUACAAAUGAAGGGGGUGUCAGUUGAAAAAGCAAAUGAUCAAAAUUGAUUAGAAAAUCGGAUAAUUUUCAAUAAUAUCGACCUAAAAUCGAAAUCGAAACAUUCACUAUGGGUUAGUCAUAACUUUGCGAUCUCCUUUGUGUGUGUGUGUGUGUGUUUUUUUUUUCUUUCUUUCUUUCUACCCGUAAAUUCGACUGAGAGAUACGAAUUCUCCGCUCUAUUUGACGCUUCCUCUCACCGGGCGAUAGCAGACAGUAAGUAGCCAACACUAGGAAAUAAAUGAAAGAAAGAGAGGAAAAAUAACUCCACCUCCACCACCUCCACCACCACGUUCUUUGAUGUCUAUGAGGAGGCUGAUGAUGGUGAUGAUGAUGAUGAUGUUAAAGAAGAAAAAGAUGAAAAGAGUUAGGAUGUUAGUUGAUGCUACUCUCCACUUAAGAGAAUGUAUGGAAACGACCGAAAGGCAAAAAGGAAAAAGGACUGUAGUAACAUUGGUGGAUGCAUCAAUGGGGAAAUCGAAAGACAUAGUUCGAGACAAAUGGUUGAGGAAUCAUCUGAAACUUUGUCAUCAACUUUGAAAAAGGAUUGUGGAAAAUCUUACAGUAUAACUUGUCUCAAAUUGGACGUUCAAACAUUACUUGAAAGAUUGGCGGAACAAGAUGAAUUUUCACUAUUACCUGGAUUAGUUGUGGUCAAGGAAAAUGUAUCGGAUAAUGCUUUAUCUGAUCCCGAAAUCGUUGCAACACUUGCCAGAGAUUUUCCUAAUGACGUUGAAAAAAGAUUGGACGCAUAUCUCGUACACAAAAUUGGUACUUAUUUGAAGUCUCAUUCGAUAUCGAUCAAAUUAUUCGAUCCUAAGAUGUUCGAGGCUGCCAGAAGUUUCAACGAGGACGCAUUGGCUCAAUUGGGUUUGAACGGAAAUCAAAAUGCUGAAACAGGACGUAAAAGAAAAGGUGGAAACGGUGGUAUGAUGGCAGGUCUGAUGAUGAUGAAAGGUACACUAGGUGCUGUUGGUUUUGGUGCGUUAGCACUUUUAGCUGGUAAAGCUCUGAUGACUGGUUUGAUGGCACUCAUGUUAUCUGCGAUCGUUGGAUUGAAAUCACUAGCAAGCGGUGGAGAAAAAAAGACAACAUAUGAGAUUGUUAGCAAGCCGGUUUACUCGAGUUCACAUACUCAUAGUUCUGAGGAACAUCACGGACACGGUUACGGACAUUCGGGAUACGGAAGAUCUCUCGAUUUGGUACAAGAUACCAUUCAGGAAGCUGUACGAAAAUAUGGGAAUGCGCGUGAUCGUCGUGCUAUAAGAAUUAAUUAAUAUCAUUCA